AUGGCCUCAGGGAUGAGUCGUGCCUCUAUUAAGCACAUUGCAUAUGUAGAAAAGGUUCUUGGAUUACAUUCUAUCGAACUCAAGAUCCUCUUGAAAAUAGCUGAAAGGCCUUCAGUCCAAGUCGAGGAUUUAAGCAAGCUGGGGCAAAUAAGCAAGUCAACGAGGGCGCUCCAGAGUCGAACCAAAUUCACAACUUACAAGAUUGAGGGUCCUCAGCUGAUGCAGUAUGGAAUCAAGUAUGCAAUUGCUAAAGUUGGUCCAAACGACUUCUUGUCCGAUCUGUUCUGGAUUGGAAUGUUCUAUCAUCUGUACAAUUAG